CGGGCACCGAGUCAACUGGCGGAACAGCGGGCAUCGAGUCAACUGGCGGAACAGCAGGCACCGAGUCGUCUGGCAAGACUGCGGGCACCGAGUCGUCUGGCAAGACUGCGGGCACCGAGUCGUCUGGCAAGACUGCGGGCACCGAGUCGUCUGGCAAGACUGCGGGCACCGAGUCGUCUGGCAAGACUGCGGGGCAUCGAGUCAACUGGCAAGACUGCGGGCAUCGAGUCAACUGGCAUGGGAACAGCGGGCACUGAGUCGUCUGGCAAGACUGCGGGCACCGAGUCGUCUGGCAAGACUGCGGCACCGAGUCGUCUGCAAGACUGCGGGCACCGAGUCAACAUGGCGGAACAGCGGGCAUCGAGUCAACUGGCGGGACUGCGGGCACCGAGUCGUCUGGCAAGGCUGCGGGCACCGAGUCGUCUGGCAAGAACUGCGGGGCACCGAGUCGUCUGGCAAGACAGUGGGCUCCGAGUCAACAGUGCACGACAGUGGGCACCGGGUCAUCAGGCUGAGGAGAGGCUU